ACUAAUUUGUCAUUACGUGGCCUUUCAAACAGAAUUUGAUGAUCAGAAUAAACAGUGUAUAAAAGAUAAAACAAAGCUGUUUCAAAAAUUGGUUAAAGUACAUAUUACUUAAGCAAAUAAUUAGCAAAUAUGUAUAGUUCAUAUAAAUUAUUAUGGCUUAUUCCAACAAUUUUAACAUUAUUAUUAUCAUAUACAAACUGUUAUACUAUAACAGUUGAUGCACACGCCGAAGAAUGUUUUUUUGAGAAUGUUGAAGCUGGCACGAAAAUGGGAUUAUCUUUCGAAAUAGCAGAAGGUGGUUUCUUAGACAUAGAUGUAAAAAUAACCGCUCCCGAUGGCGCAGUAUUGUAUUCUGGACAAAGAGAAUCUUCUGGUAUUUUUACAUUUUCAGCCACUACUUCAGGACGUUAUACUUACUGUUUCAGUAAUCAAAUGUCUACCAUGACACCAAAGGUUGUAAUGUUCAACUUAGAAGUUGGAGAAGCACCAAAUAAAAAUAAUGAUAAGAAAGAAGAAGUAAACCCUAACAAACUUGAAGACAUGAUCAAAGAGCUUGGCACUACACUCAUAACUGUCAAACAUGAACAAGAAUACAUGCAGGUACGUGACCGUAUUCACCGAGCUAUCAACGAAAGCACAAACUCUCGUGUAGUAAUGUGGUCUAUUUUCGAAGCAUCUGUACUUCUCGUCAUGACAUUAGGACAAGUUUAUUAUCUUAAAAGAUUUUUCGAAGUGCAACGUGUUGUCUAACAAUUGUUUCUGUUAAAUAGUAAGUUAAUAGUAUAUAAUAAAUUUUUAUAUUGACUGAAGUAUGAACUAAUUUCAGUGUAUAGUGUCCUAAAAGUUUAUGUGAACAGAACAUUAUUUAUAAUUUUUUCUAUGAAUAAGUCAAAUACUAAGUGAUGAAAAUAACCUUACAAAUAAAUAAGCAGAUUGAUACUCAUGCGACUUCCUGAAUCCCAGCAAUAUUUUUAAAUUAGUUUUUAUCUCAACUUUGUAUUACUGUUAAUUAUUUUUGUUCCCUGUAAUAAAAGCACUACUCAGUUUGUACAAAAAAUCAACUUCAAUUAAAUCUCAUUAUAGCAGUUCCUAAUGACACCGAAAUUAAUCUAUAAAAGUAAUUACUACUAUACUUUUAUAUAAUAUAUUUAAAUUUAAACUGUUCUUUUGACGGAGAAUGGAUCUGUUUAAAUUAACGCAAUUAUCACAAUACAAUUGAGGACAGUUUUAAAUAUCUUCCUAAUUUAUGAAACACGCUUUUAUCGUACUUUAAUUUGGUCGAAGUUUUUUUUUUUCGAAAAAUAUUGUGUUUAAUGAGUGAUCAAUAAAGGUAAUUGUUUUCAAAAA